AACACACCACACCAUACACUCUUAAUUCUGCCUGCAUAUCAAUAUCCAAGCCACCGCCUGUAUCCUUCAGCCAUAACCAGCAAUCAAGACACCCACGCCGAAGAACAAAUACCACCACCCGGCAUCAUGCAAACAAACAACAACCAAGAACUCAACCUCACCUACACCGACCCCCAGCCUCGCGACGGCGGAGCACCCAACCCAGGCGCCAUGUUCAGCUUAUCUACCAUGGCCGGCGACGAAGCCCAGCCCCGUGAUGGAGGCUAAGGGACAUCGAGCCAGACUUCACUCAUAUCUCAAUUGCUUCACUCAACUGAUCGAUCCGGCUAUGUCCCAUCAUUAACUCGGAUCAGCGUGCAGGACACCACCACCAACGACGCGCGCUAUGUUUUCAGCUUCGGCACUGUAUUAUUACUACCACCAUGUACCAUCACGACCACUGUUCUUCUAUUUGGCGAUUCCGGCACCUACUUGGAAGCCGCCCUGUUACCACCAUCUGUAUCUGACCGUAUUUUAUUGGAGUUUGGGAUUUCCUUAUCUGCGGAUGAGAUGACUGUUUUCAUACACUAGACAUUUUGGAGCGUUUCCAUUUUUGGGGAUAUGCAUAUGCGGCGUUUUCAUGGGGCUGAGGGCAACCUUACAGCAUUGUUGUCGCUUUGGCGAUAUUCGGCCAGAAUAGAUUGGCACGACAUUGUAGCACUUUUCCAUCUUGUAUUAGAAACGAUUGGCAUCAUAGAGCAUAGAAUCACUGGCGACGCGACUGAGCGCCCAGAAGAAUCACAAUCUUUCAAACCUCAAA